AUGUGUUUUGGUUUUAAAGAAAGUUCGGGAUGCGCUCCAAACAUUUUAUCAUUCAAAAACCAACUUGCAGCUAAUCGUGUGAUCUCUGUCAGCUGCGAGUCCAACUUAAACGAAAAAAAAGGUCUCGUUAAUGUAAAAUUCAAUGAUGUAUACAGCUUUCCUGUUGUGGAAGCAUCAAGGAGAAUAGUAUGGAGAUGUAAAAUAACAGAUGCGAAGACUGGGAGUUUUUUCAUGUUAGACAGAGCAUAUAGAGGAGCCUACAACCCUCGAUGUGGUCAGACACGCGAAUAUAUUGUUGGUCUUACAGGCCUUUCCUUGUUGAGAAAUAAAGCACCUACCAAUAAAAUUGUUCCUUGGACGGUUGCUAAAGUUUAA